GACAGCUUUUCCUGGACCUCUGGCGUGCGGAGGCAGUUAUAAAAGCGUUUCCGUUUCUCCUGCUGAGGGUAAAACAAUGAGCGUCUUUGAAGGAGGACACGUUUAGAAAAACCUAGGCGGAAUCAGGACUGGUGUACUUUGCACGAUUUUGGAUGUAACCCAUUGCAAGUCUGGGGGAUAUUUCUGUGUAAUGUUUACCCGGUGAUCCUCUGCUGAACAGGUACAAGGACUUAUUCACAUAAACAGCAGGGAAACUAAACAAGUAGGUAGAAGACAAGUGGAUUUUAAAAAACCUUAAACCUUGAUCGGAUCUAAGGGCAGUCAGACUGAUCAGGACUACUUUAAAGGCACUGCAUACGCGUUACACUACACUCAGGCUGGCAAUGGUGGGGAGGCUCAAUUUGCGCAAUGUGUGUGACGAAGACCUGCUGGACAUGAAUCUGAAAGCUGACAGACUGCUGGACAGUCCGGACUCUGGUCUGCCUCCCAGCCCCAGUGUGAGUCCGAGCCCCUGGCUGAGUGGAGACCGGAGCACCGCCAGCUCUGUGUGUGGGGACGAGAGCAGAGCCGGGACACCCGCUGCGGGUCCUCUUAAACCUGUUAGAGGUGUUUUGCAGUUGCACCCAUUUUCCUACGGUGAAGGAAUUGAACUCGAUCCUCUGCCCCCAAAAGAAUUAAGAUACACAUCAUCAGUGCGCUAUGAUUCGGAUCGUCACUACAUCCAGGAUGUGUGUUUGCAGCCCACUGGUUUGGGCCUGGAGUUAUGCAGCCAGACCAUCAUAGCCAUCUCAGAGAGCACAUGGAGACGAUAUAAGACCCAGUUGGAGUUCGAGCCCCGUCAGCGGGUGCAUCGCUACCGAAGCACAACCAUUGUGUACCCCAAACAUGCCAGGACCCUGUACACCACACAGCUCAGCUAUGAUGGACGCAAGUUGGCCAAGCGCUUCCUGUCUAGUGUGGAACUAGAGUUGUCAGACUGUAAGGCCAAUCAGUGUUGAAAGAAGAGGGAUUUUUUUUGGAGAAAAGCUAACAAAAUACGCCCAUCCUUAUUCAGUAAAACCCACAUUCACCAUUGAUGGUGUUUAGAACCGCAUGGGUGGAAUUGCAAUCUAUGUAUGUUAAUGGUUUAAUUAGCAUGUAUGUUUUUAGCUUGAUGGAGUAUCCUGGAUCUGGAGGUUUGGAUGGGUUUUAAUGUUACAGCUCUACAAAUGUAUAUUACAUAUUCUGUGUAACAUUUACAGCCUUAUUGGUUUUAGGAUUCUGCUCAGUGAUGUUGAUCCAUCACUUAUAGAACGUUUCAUGGUAAUGUAUUAGUACUGUGCUCGGUAAAUGCAGAGGAGAGCUGUAAGUGAAACAGGAAAGUGUUGAAAGUGAUGAAAGAGGAAAGGCAGGAAAGAGCGUUAAAUUUAUUCCAAACUUUGUAAAAUGUUCAGGAAUUUGCAAUACUACAUGACUCAGUACUCUUUGGCGUGUAAAUGGUUUUCUUUAGGUGUGGAAUAAUGGGAUAUAUUGCACAGUCAUGUAGGUGAGAACAGGUAUAUGGAUGCUUGAAACACAAGAUCCAAUAGAAAAGGUUGAUAGAGGUUGUCUAUGUCUACUACUGUAAGUUCACAUUUGGGCUUAACUUCUUUCUUUUUUUUUUGUAUUUUAUGUCACUUCUCUUUUUUGCAUCCGUUCAGGUGUUAUGUUUCUUUAAACAUUUUACUCCAAAAUUAUAAAACAGUUUAUUUUAAAGCGCACUGCUGCAGUCAGAAUGGGGAAGUUAAAGGCUUGUUCUUAGAGGAACUGUUUUGAAUAUUUGUGCAAAUCUGAAUUGCAGAACUCGCAGACAGCAUCAUUGUUUUUUUUGUUUUUUUUUUGCAAUGACUUUACCUGUUAUACAGCACUUCAGUUUAGUCAUGCAUAGAUAUAAAAGUCACUGCUGCAGUAUAUUUAUUUAAAGCUUUUUAAAGGUUUCAACUGUACACAAGUACUUCGGCUGUACUACAUUAAUGUUUUGAAUUGAAGUUUUUCAAUUAAAUGAAAGCAUUGAUUUAAUCUUAGAUUGGUAUUGUUAUUUCCAGUUCAGACUGAAAUAAUAAUAAUAAAAUAAUAAUAAAAGAG